GGUCUGGGGAGGCCGGCAAGCUCUGCAAGUAAAGUCUGAGCCUUGGCCUUCCCUCAGGGAUGCCUGGGCAGGGCAUCACGACAUACAACAGCCUCUUUUGCAAGGCCAGCCAUCUGCUGACUGCUGCUUCCCUGGGCAAUGACUGGUCUCAGGAAGUGACAUAGAUGGCAACAGAAGGGAUUUAAAUUAUUAACAAGGAGGAACUGACAGAUCAGGGACCCUGUCUGCCAGAAAGCCAUUCCAGUAAGACAGAAACCCCACCCUAGAGUAAGCGCUGAGCUGCUGAGGACGCUGAAUGGCUUCCUUGGUCCCUGUGAUCCCCCAGGGAGUGCUAUACCCCAGCCUCUUUCACCAGCCCCUGUACUCAGUGUUCCAGGUUACAAACUGUCCUCUUUCCAGAUGCACAUGUCCUUUUCUCUGCAGCCUUUCCAGCUGCCAAGAAUACUCUCUCCUUCCUUUUCUUGUGGCCAGCUCCCUUCAUCUUCAGGCCUCAGCUUGAAUGUCUGCUUCUAGAAGCUUCGGUCAGUGGCCUUCCCUACAGAUGUCCCCAUCCUCACACAUUGCCCCCUGUGUUGUCCUGGCUGCUUUCAUGGUCUGUCAUCUCUACUGGGUAGUGAAGUCUGCAAGCAGGACAGAACAUGCCUUGUUCUCCUUGUGUCUCCAAGUGCUUAGCAAAGCUGCAAAUGUGCAGUGAGUGCCCAUGCCUGAUUGCAGAACCAUGAGUGGUGAGUGUGGCAUUGGGCCCCAAGAAGGAGCAGGGGUGGGACAGUGCUCAACCUCCCAGGAUAGGGUGCUCCUGUUAGGGAGUGAUCUGUGUCUGCGUAGAGGUGGUGGCAGUUGUGGUGAGUGGGAGGGGGGAGCUGAUGUGGACCAGAGGCCCUGGUAGAGUGGGACCCUGGGCAGAUGGCCUCUUGUAGUCACCACCCUGUGGAUAGGCCUGAAACCCUCGGAGAGGCCCUUUUAAAUUAGGUGGGCUGGUGGAUGAUUGUACUAUGUGCCUCGCUACUCAGCAAAUGGCUCUCAGUCCUGUCCCGUUUGUGGACGGACAUCCAUUCAUCCUCUCCAAGCUUCAGCCCCCAACAUCCAAGCAAUGGAAGGCCCCCAUGCCUGAGUCCCUUCCCCUCCUGAGGAUGGUUCCAGCUAUAGCCCUCAAACUGUCCUUGUAGAAGUAGUGGGGCCCUAAGUACUAGGUUCUCCUCCACGCCACCCGGGGAGCAUACAUUAGGUGCUCCAGCCAGGGCAUCACCUGUCCAGGUGCCUGCUCAUGCCUGACACUAUACCAGGUGGGCUGGGAGUAUCAGAAGACACCUCCAGGCUAAAAGAGGAGAGGACACUUGGACCAAAUAACCGUCUUCGAGUCCAACUGUGAUGUGCCCACAAAGGUGGAUGUGAGAGAGGACUUGGGGGAGGCUUCAUGGAAGAGGCAGGCAUUCCAGUGCAAGAAGGAAACCUGGGCAAAAGCAUGGGGAUGAGAAAGUUCAGACUGAAUGCGGAAGAUGGUGAGGAGUCCAGUUGGACUGAACUGCAGUUUGUAGGAUGCACAAAGAAGACAGAGAAAAAGGACCAGGUGUCCCCCACCUGAACGACGAGCCAGGUCCUGAGUGAUGCCCCCGAGCUGAGUGCCCACGACCCCACCCUUCCCCAUGGAGAAAGGACUCACUAUGCCUCAGGACUGCCGACACUUUCUGCACAGCCUGAGAAUGAGGAGCAAAUACGCCCUUUUCCUGGCUUUUGUGGUGGUGGUUUUUGUCUUCAUUGAAAAGGAAAAUAAAAUCAUAUCAAGGGUUUCAGACAAGCUGAAGCAAAUUCCCCAAUCCCUGGUAGAUGCCAACAGCACCGAUCCAGCCCUGGUCUUGGCUGAGAACGCAUCUCUCUUGUCCUUGAGUGAGCUGGAUUCGGCCUUCACGCAACUACAGAGCCGCCUUCGAAACCUAAGUUUGCAGUUGGGCGUGGAGCCAGCAGAGCAGGCUGGGGAGGAGGAGGCGGAGCAGGAGGAGCCCCGCCCACCCGCCGAGGCCCCGCCCAGGCGCCACGUGCUCCUCAUGGCCACUACCCGCACCGGCUCCUCGUUUGUAGGGGAAUUCUUCAACCAGCAAGGCAACAUCUUCUACCUCUUCGAGCCGCUGUGGCACAUCGAGCGCACGGUGUCCUUCGAGCAGGGCGGCGCCAAUGCCGCGGGCUCAGCUCUGGUCUACCGAGACGUGCUCAAGCAGCUCUUCCUGUGCGACCUGUACAUCCUGGAGCAUUUCAUCACCCCGCUGCCCGAGGACCACCUGACCCAGUUCGUGUUCCGCCGGGGUUCCAGCCGCUCCCUCUGCGAGGACCCCGUCUGCACGCCCGUCGUCAAGAAGGUCUUCGAGAAGUACCCCUGCAAGAACCGCCGCUGUGGCCCCCUUAACAUGACGCUGGCUGCCGAGGCCUGCCACCGCAAGGAGCACAUGGCGGUCAAGGCCGUACGCAUCCGACAGCUGGAGUUCCUGCAGCCACUGGCCGAGGACCCCCGGCUUGACUUGCGCGUCAUCCAGCUGGUGCGUGACCCCCGCGCCGUGCUGGCCUCCCGCAUGGUGGCCUUCGCCGACAAGUACGAGACCUGGAAGAAGUGGCUGGCCAAGGGACAGGACCAGCUGCGGGAGGAGGAAGUGCAGCGGCUGAGGGGCAACUGUGAGAGCAUCCGCUUAUCGGCCGAACUGGGCCUGAGGCAGCCGGCCUGGCUGCGGGGCCGCUACAUGCUGGUGCGCUACGAGGACGUGGCCCUGAGGCCGCUGCAGAAGGCCCAGGAGAUGUACCGCUUUGCCGGCAUCCCCCUGACCCCACAAGUAGAGGACUGGAUCCAGAAGAACACGCAGGCGGCCCAUGACGGCAUCUACUCCACGCAGAAGAAUUCCUCGGAGCAGUUUGAGAAAUGGCGCUUCAGCAUGCCGUUCAAGCUGGCGCAGGUGGUGCAGGCCGCCUGCGGCCCCGCCAUGCACCUCUUCGGCUACAGACCGGUGCAGGAUGCCGCCUCGCUCUCCAACCGCUCCGUCAGCCUGCUGGAGGAGCGCGGCACCUUCUGGGUCACGUAGGGAGCCCAGAGCGGCGAGCACCCCUCCUGGUGAAAGUCCCACCCUGCCUGCCUCACCCAGGCAAGCGGGGAGCCAGCCGGCAGCAGCGCCCGCGGUGGGUGGCAGGGAGCCGCGCAGGAAGCAGGCAGCACUUCCGCUGGAACGCCCGCCCACCCCCCCGUAGAAAAGUAGGUCCCCAAUCAGGUCGCUUCCCCGCCGCAGCUGUGGGCCUGGAGUUUCUGGCUGAGAACGGAACAGUGGCCGGUCCCUUUGAGGGCCGUCAAACCCAGACCUAAGGGGCUGUGGUCACCUGAGCAGGCCCAGCCAGGCCUGGGCCUAUUGACAAGCCUUUCUCACUCGUUCCCUCUCUCUCAUAUACACACACACAUACACACACAGAAACAUACAUGAAACACACAUAGAUGCCUAAAGACCCUGUGGGCCAAAGUCCACACAUAAUUGAAAACCAGAAGGGGUUCUGAGCACUGGCUAGUUGCAGUUAGACUCCCUGCUGUACACAGUGUCAACCUUUCAGUUUCUGAAUUUCUCCACGAUCCAGUGUGGCAUCUGGGUGGGUCCCUGGGAGGAGAGAUAUCAGCUUUGUAUAAGAGCUACAAAACACAUGCAGAUAAAGACAAAUACCUACACUCACACCAUAUACACAGACAGAAAAACAUCCUAAUAACACAAAUGUACACACACAUACAGACACAGAAAAUCUUCCCUGUUGCUUUAUGCCCGCAGUGUUUAUCUGUAUCAUACACCUAAAGAGGAGCCUUUAAUUACAUUUUUAGAAUGAUUUGAGGGUGAGGGAAGGAAAUACAAUCAGGGGCCAUAACCCUGUUCCGCAUCCAAGUUUGAGGCUGAACGGUGGAUACAGAACUGCCAAGUCCAUGGCAUCUGCCUGCCUUAGAUUCUCGUGGCUACCUCCUCUGAUCCAUUCAUGUCCUUGCUGCUAGCAGGCAGCAUGUUUUGAAAUGGCGUGGCCAACCCUCACGUGACUGCAGCCCAAAGGCCUCAUCCCAGCUCAGCUGGCUUCCCAAGAGCAUGUCCAUAUUUGAAGGCUGCCUCAGGACUGACUGGCAGAAGUAUUUGUGGUCCCUGGAGGCAAAAGGCAGCUCACGAGUCCUGCCAUUUCCAGCUAGGCCUCUGUGGGGCAGGGCCCAGAAGGAAGUACAGAGUGCUGCUCUUUGAGGGGAGAAGUCACAUCAGGAUACCCCCUCCCCUGAGAAGACAGGGGACAGAGGUCAGCCACAUGGUUGGUCGCCAUGGUUAUGUGGUUAGUGUCUGAAUUCCUCCUUUCAGGCUCUGGGAAGAGCAUUGCUCAACGUGGGAUGGGCUGAAUGUUUUAUUUGUUUCUUUUUUUUUAAGUUAUUUAUGGUUUGGUGUCUUAUUUCAUGGCUGUGUUUUCAGGUUUGUUCCUACAGAAGUGCUGCUUGGAAGCAGUCUGGGCUUGAGGGGCUGAGGGGGCCUGGGAAGACCAGUUGGGAGCACUCUGACUCCUGCUGAAGGGUGAGGAAGAGGAGCCUUCCCCUAAAAAGAGCAGAACCUAGGUAGCCACAUGGCAGCCCACAAUGCCCCACGGGCUUUUCUGUUUGAACCCAUGUGGAACAAAUCUCAGAAACCACGAGGGUUCUUUGCUGAGUGUCCAGAGGCAGCAUAAAUUAGUAGUCCUUACCCCCUUCCUGAGAAGAGGCCAGAUUUGAAAAUCUCUCCCGGGUCCUAACAUAUUUUCUGAGGGGUCAAGGGCCUAUGACCAAGGAGCAAAUGUCCCCAAAGUGGAAGCCUUUCCCCACUCCCACCCCAAACUAGGGAGUGGAACUCAGUACCACCUCAGAACUUGCAGGAAGCUGCAAUGGCUCGCUAAGGGCUGUUUCUGAUUUCCUGGACAAUCUCUGUCAGAUCUGUCCCAUUGUCAAACCCAGAGGGCUGGGUUUUAUUUGGAGUAUUACAGACAGCAGGGAAAUACAGGAUCUGAGUCCAGCUGGUAUUGCCAUGCGGAAGGGAGGGGUGUGUCCUGGCAGGAAGCCAGCCUUUGAAAAGGUGAGGAUGGUAACCAUCCUGCGGGAUCUGUUACAAUCAGUGUAUUUGAGCUGCUAGGUCUCCAUCACCAUGGAUUCAGCCAAUCAAGGAUGUCUCUAGGUUUUCUAAUCCAAGAAUAAAUUGUGCAGGGAACUGGCUCUAAUUUGGGGUGCAAAGGGACUCCAGCUCUGAAAACUUGAUCCUGGAGCAGAGUGAGGCCAGGAUGUUACUGGCAGGCCCAGAACUGCUGGCCAUUCUGUCCCAGCCCCUUUCCUGCUCCCUCCACUGUUCCCCACCUGGGGGUGUGUGGGUAGGGGCAGGCACCUCUAUCCAGAGCCCUUCCUGGGGCUCUCCUGGUGUGGACAGCAAACUUCUUCCUUCCUUCCUAUAUGCCUCUGGGGCCCAGGCCUCCGCCCCGAGCUCUGAGGACUAUGCCAAGAAUGGACCUUUGGGACUUCUCAGGAUAUUGACAAUUUGUACACUGCAGGUUGACUUAACUUAUUUAUUUUGUGUAAAGGAAGAGACAAAAAGUAUUUUAUUAUUUGCAGGGACUCAAAGCUGUACCCAAAUCAAGAAAGACGAAAUAAUAAUAAUAGAAACUGUUCACUUCAUACAUACGAGGACACUCCAAGACGAUUCAGAAUACACAAGAGGACAAAACUGAGAGCGUGGGAGUCACGAUGGCAGCAGGGUAUUUUUUUAGCUCGAUUUCCUCUUGUUAAUUUGAAGAUGUGACAGUCAGGCCCUUUCUGCUGUAUUACCUUUGCCCAGGUGUCUGAAAUAGGACACAACUCAAGUGAGUGUUGCCUGGGGCCCAGCAAUGCACUGGGAACCCUCAGGGUUUAAGGAGGACAGGGUGGGGUGACUACUGACUCCACACUCUGUACUGGGACCUGCUUGGAGUCAUGCCUGAGGGGCUUUCAGCCGGGAGCUGGGCUGGGGAAGGUGGUCCAGCCAGGAACUGGUACCUCCUGUCCCAGCAAGACCAGCCUGGUUUCUUUGCUCUCACUUGCUCCCCCAGGAGCCUUGCCCUCCACAGCACCCACCUGCCUGGAGACAGAGGGAGCAGUUGAGGCCUCACCUCCGCCAGCCGCCAGCUUCCCCAGAACAAGAGGCCCAUUCAGCAAUGAGCGUUUACUCAUUUUCUUUUUCUUCAUGAAGACCUCUUUAGCCUGGCCUAUAUAAAAAGUUCAGAACAUUCCAGGCCCUGGUGAGACAGGGCAGUGUCCAACACCCUCAGGCAGUCGCCACUGCUGCCCAUUCCUGGCUUCUCCGCUGGGCCUUGUUUGUAAACAAGUGGAUGAGGACAUGGGGGGAGGGGUCUUUGGGAGCAGGAUUUUGGGGGGCCAGAAUUCCUGAGACCCACGGGAAGGGAAAAAGCAGCAGCAGAUGUGCAGGUCUCUGUAGCCCCUGCAGGUUAUCACCGAGUUAUUACUAAGGUUGAAAGACAGGAGCAAGUUCUAGUCUUUCGUCCCUUGAUGCAAUGCACUCACUUGAAAAUAAGUAACUAAAUAAACAGAGAAAAUGUUGGUCUGCCAGUACCCUCAGCCUGGGAGCUAUGCCAGAGGGCUGGCCUAAAGGGGCCACUGCUGGCCAAGCCCCUAAGGGCAGAGGGCCCACCCAACCCGUUACAGGGGCAUCGGACCCUUCCACCUCUGCUCUCUGUCCAGCAGGAGGUCAGGGGCUCCCUGUCCCAGAAGAUGUAUGCUUGGCUUAGACAGCAGACAGGAGAUGUAAGCAUCAGAUGGUCUGGUCCUGACCCUGCAGAUCUCUUCCAGCUCUGGGUGAUCCUGUCUCACACUAGGCCCUAUUUUAACUGACUAUAGGGCCUGUCCCUUGAUAGGCCCUGGAUUAUGAAGGACAGAGGCAGAAGAGUGGAUGGCUGUGUCCCGAAGGCAGUCUCUCCUCACUCCCAUCCCCAAAGGUUGAGAGCAAAGGUGAGUUCCUGACAGAGCAGGGGUUGGGGGGACAGAUACCUACAGAAGCCAAGUGGGUCCUGUCAAUCUACACAAACUGAAAUGAGCAUCCUCUGAAAUCCAGAGUUGGUGGGUAGUAGGUAAAGAUCCUACGACGUUCAGGGGGAGGGAGAAAACCCUCUGAAUGCAGCCAUAUACGGCCUUUCAACUGCCCAUGGUUUCAGGAAGAGUGGAAGCUGCCUUCUACCUCAAAAGGAUGAAGUAGGAUUGGCAACUGCAGAUGUCUUAAGAGCUUCAAGAUCCUUUGAUCUUGUGACCUUUGUCAUUCCAUACUGUACGCGGAGGACUACUUAGUUAUGUUUCCAAGGUUACCAUGAUGCCAUCUUCAGGCCCUAGCUCAUAUUGUAGACCAUAUUUUAUUUGUAUUUAUUUGUCAUAAAAUGAUCCAUGUACCCUGUUUCCUCUAACAUUGGUCUUGAACUGGGUGCCCCCCUAAAGCCUCCAUUUCAUCUGUACAUUCUAGGCCAAGUCUGCCUGGCUCCCCUGCUCUCUCUUGGCUCCUGCAAACUCUUUUUGCCAAGACCUCAACCCUAUGUCAUGUUUCAUGGCCACAUAGUACUGACACCCCCUCCAUGACCAUACAUGGCCAUGGUAUGUACAUAUGUGUCCACACGUGUGUAUGUGUAGCAUGUAGCUCAAUCUGCUCGGCCAUGUUGCUCCCAGCCCCCUUGCCAUCAAUGUCCUAGAUGUCCUUGCCAUGGCUACAAUCUCCUGGAAACACAGGGGCUGCCCUUUGGCGAGCUGUUGGCCACCGCCAGUCAGGAUCUGCUUUGCAGAACAGAAUGUGAACCCAUCACCUGAUGGCUUACUUGACUUAUUUAAUUAAAAAUGAAAACAUGCAAUGAGAAAAAUCUGAAA